CUGUAGUCACUGCUUGUAUGCUGAGUAUGAACACGCUGUUACUUAUAGUAAAAACAUUAAAUUUAAUAUAAAAUAAAUUUUCAACGAAUUGAUAUGGUACAUUUAUAAAAUGCACAAAAUUACUAGAAUAUUAUUAAAAGAUUCAAUAAAAAUAUAUAAUUUACCAUUUUAUAAUAGAUUGCAAAACCGUGUAAAUUUUACUCAAGAUAUUUUAGCACGUGAAACGUUAGAAAAUUAUGAAAAAAAAGCAAAUGUGGAGAAUGUCUUAAAUUUAGAUAAUGAUCCUAAAAGCAUUAUUAAAACUAUUCAACAAACUUAUAAAGAUAUGGAUGUAAAAACGGCUCUUCAAGCUAUGAUUAGUUUGAGAGAUGCGCUAAUAAAAGAUGAAACACUUUCCAAGCAGAAAAUAAGAAAUUCUGAAGAAUUUGUACAUAUGUGUCAAUUAAUUCCAUCAGGAAUAAGAUCAUUACCCAUAAAUGAUCUUGUAGCAGUUUUACAUACUCUAUUGCUUUUGAAUGUAUCUGUUCACUCUUCACUGGUUCAAUCAUUACUUCAAUUAGUACGUGUUCAAGUGAAUGAUUUAUCUGUUGGACAAAUAAUGCUAUUGUACAAUGUAUUAAAGGAAUACUCAAGUACCACAGAAAAUAAAGUACCACUCACUGAAUCUAUAUGUAUUGCUUUGCCCAAAGUUUUUCAACAAAGAGCACAAUUUGAACUUAAUGACCAAAGUUAUAAUUUAAUACAAGCUCUCAAGUUUUCUUGUAUUAUACACGAUACAGAAACAAAACUUUACAUUAUUAAUAUUUUAUGCAGACAUGAUAUAAAGCCAAAAGAUAUGAAAGAUGUUUUUCGUGCAUUAUGUACUUUAAGAAAAUGGAAUCCAGUUUCUUCAAGACUUUUAUUUAAAGUAAAAAAUAAAAUAAGAACCAAUUGUCAAUAUUUAGAAUUCAUGGAGAUACAAUCAUUACUUUCUCUUGUUUCUAAUAAAGUUGUAAAGGGAAAUAUAGAGUUUUAUAGUGAAGAAAUGGUGGAUGCAUUAUGCAAUGCUGUAUUAAAUAACAACACUACUUUUAUGGAAUGUACGCUUAUUUUAAAAUAUCUAAAUAAAAUGCGUCAUGGAAAUGUUGAUUUGCUGGAUUAUUUGUCUUCAAUACUUUUAAAGAAUAGAAGUGUUUUAGAUCAAUGUACAACUUCUUCCAUUGAUCAUUUUAUGAAAAGUCUUAUCAUAGCUAAUUAUAAACCACCAAAUUGGGAAAGUAUACAAACAUUGUUACUUGAUUUCGUUAAAAGUUAUGAUUAUCCCUUGAGUGAUGCAGCAUCUGUUGCUUUUCGUUUGCUUUCAUUGGAUUGUUAUUGUCCAGAAUUAAUAGAGAAAGUUUUUGUUAUAUAUGAAACUCACUAUUUGAAAGUAACAAAUAAAUACACUAUGUUGAAUGUUUUAAAAUUAUAUUGGUGUAUUAGACUCCUUUAUCCUGAAUAUACUGGACCUAUGAUAAAUGAAACUAUAUUAGACAAAACUUAUACAUAUAACAUGAGAAAUAGAGAUCCUUCCUUUCUUGAAAGUUUGGAAAGGGCAGUAGGAGAUGCUAAAUAUAUAAAGAGUGAUUUAAAAACAAAAUCUGGUGAAUUAAUUGAUCAUGUUAUUGUUAUACAACCAAAUGGUUUACCUUUGGAUAUUAGGAACUAUAAAGACAUUAAAUGUGUUGAUGAGCUGGCUGUACCAUCAGAAUGUAGCAAAAUUCUUUUGUUUUUAUUUCCAAGAAUGGCAUAUUGCAUUAAUAAAGGAAAUAUAUUAAGUACAGUGCUGUUACCAUUAAAAGCAAUUGAAACAAUGAAAGGAUAUUAUGUUAUUCUUAUAAAUCCAUAUUUAUGGGAAACUUUAUCUUAUGGUGAAAAAAUAUCAUAUCUUCAGCGAGCUAUACAAUCAAAAUGUAAUAUUGCAAAUAUUCCACAGGGUUAGAAGUGUUGUUAAAAUUAGGAAUUCCAAUAUAAAAAGAAAUGUGUAGUGAAUGGUUCAUUUAACAAUUUAUUUAUAUGAAAAUAUUUGUAACAUCAACAAUAAAGUUGUAUGAUUCUGGACUAUAUGUAUUUUAUACAUACUUCUACAAAAUUUGUAUUACAUCAUAAGAAGUAAAAUGUCUUAUAUAAUAAUUUGAA